AUGUGGGCUCUACGGUUCAUGGCAGAUUUGAAAGCAGGGGGUGUGGCAGCAGCGGCAGUGGGUGGGGGUGCCAGGAGGGGCUUUGCGGCGGCGGCAGCGGAGGGGUACAAAUAUGAGACCCUCGCAGUGACAGAGCCGAGGAAAAAUGUGUUCAUGGUGAAGAUUAACCGUCCAGAGAAACUCAAUGCCAUGAACCUUGUGUUUUGGAGAGAGAUCGGCGCUUGUUUUGACCAGCUGAGUGAAGACACAUCCUGCCGGGCGGUGGUGCUUGGGGCAGAGGGACGGGUAUUCACAGCAGGGAUUGACCUCAUGGACCUAGCCAGCAUCGGGGCGGCUGCUGAGGGCGGGGACGGGGCGGAUGUGGCGAGACGGGGCAGGGUGAUCCACAAAGCCAUCAGAGAGUUCCAGACGUCCUUCAGUGCCUUGGAGCGGUGCCCCAAGCCAGUGAUCGCAGCGGUGCACAGUGCGUGUGUAGGGGGCGGUGUUGACCUGGUGUGUGGUGCUGACAUCCGCUACUGCUCCUCCGAUGCCUGGUUCCAAGUCAAGGAGGUGGAUGUGGGCCUGGCAGCGGACGUGGGCACCCUCCAGAGGCUUCCGAAGGUGGUGGGAGGCCAGAGUCUAGCCAGGGAACUUGUCUUCACGGCACGCAAAAUGUUCUCUAGUGAAGCUCUCCAGUGUGGCUUCGUUUCCAGGGUGUUUGAGGAUAAAGAGAGCCUGGAGGAGGGGGCAGUCGAGCUGGCUUCCACCAUCGCCAGCAAGUCUCCUGUGGCAGUGCAGACCUCAAAAAUAGCCCUAAUUUACUCAAGAGACCAUGGUGUGGAAGAGGGUCUGGAUUACAUGGCCAAACUCAACAUGCUGAUGCUACAGAGCGAGGACGUAAGGAUUGCGGCCAUGGCGAUGAUGAGCAAGGGUGAAAACAAGGCUAUAUUCUCCAAACUAUAGACUUUAAACUACCUCCACCCUGCCUCGCGUCACCCUGCCACCCCCGCCACACCCCCACACCACGGCAGGGUGCGUCAGGGGCAAGAAAGUGUCAUAUUGUAAUUGUUAGGGUGUUCACGGGUGUUUAGGUUAGGUUAGGUUUAUUUUGGGGGGUUUGUGUGUGGUGCCUUUGACGAGAGAGAGAGAGAGAGAGUGAGAGUGAGAGAAUAUGAAUGUAAAGUGAUAUUAGGCAUUAAGUCUCUCUCUCUCUCUCUCUCUCUCUCUCUCUCUCUCUCUCUCUCUCUCUCUCUCUCUCUCUCUCUCUCUCUCCUCUCCUCUCCUCUCCUCUCCUUUCCUCUCCUCUCCUCUCCUUUCUCUCUCCCUCCCUCUCCUCUCCUCUCCUUUCUCUCCUCUCCUCUCCUUUCCUCCUUUCUCUCCCUCUCCUCCUCCUUCCCUCUCUCCCUCUCUCCUGUAUAUAUGACAGUGUAGAUAGAUAGAUAGAUACAUGUAUAAUUGUCUAUUUUCCACAGCAGUCCACAGCAAAUCUCUCUAUAUUUCUAUACACACUUUUGUUGGUAGAGAAAAAUUAGACUGGUGUUAAUAGGGAACUUAAAGAUAGACUGUAAAUAGGCUCAAAAUAAUUGCUGUAAGGUUCGCAUAGGCCUAGGAAAUUGUACAAGAUAGGAUGGGGGGGUUAAGAAAUUUAUUUAUUUAUUUUUUCUCUAGGAGGGAGGGAGAUAUAUCUAUAAAAAAGCCUACUUGAAUGUUGGUUCUGUAUUACAUAGGCCUUGUACUGGUGAAGUGAUGGUCAGGCAUUGUGAGACCCGAGGCUGACGGUGAAGUGGUCCCAGAAUGAUGGUGUGUCUUUAUGGGGAGACGGUGUAGUGUUGGAAGGACAAACAACAUGCAGUGCUUCAUAAAUUAUUGUAUAGAGUUGUGAGAAAAACUAAAAUUGUGUUGGGUGUGAGAAAAACUUGAAAAUUGUGUUGUUUUACUGAGAAAAACUUGAAAAUUGUGUUGAAAAUUUCAGUAGAGUUUUCAGAAAUAUGUGUAAUCUGAAGUUUAUAAUUUUGUUAGUGGAAAAUUGUUAGUUUUUGGACACUUGGGAGAGACUUGUGUUGUGUUGUAUAGAGUUGAGAAAAACUAAAAUUGUGUUGUGAGAAAAACUUGAAAAUUGUGUUUUGUGUUGUUUUACUAAGUUGAAAAUUUCAGUAGAGUUUUCAGAAAUUUGUGUAAUCUGAAGUUAUAAUUUUGUUAGUUGAAAAUUGUUAGUUUUUGGACACUUGGGAGAGAGACUUGUGUUGUGUCCAAGUGUUGAUUGACUAAAAUAAAAGGUAAGGAAGGGAGA